CUCAACGCCCUGCUCUCCACCCACAAUAAAGUUUUAAUUUUCACGCACCUCCCAAACUAAAUCUCUCUCUUUCCUCUUAUUUGCGGAAGCCUCCAUUCCUUCUUGCGCUUCGCCUCAACUCUCCUGCGGUCGAUGCUCCGCUCGGGCGGCGGUAUCCUGAUCGAGGCGGCCUGGAGAGAGGAGGAGCCCCCUCUUAAAUGUUAUUCGCCCUCCUCCCUUCUCUCCCUCUCCUCGCCUCGCCUCCUUUCAUGUCUUCCCUCGGCCUCACCUUCUUGGCUCGCCUCCUCGGGACCGGGUUCCAAAUAUUAAUUUCCUCUCCUGAUCCUUCUUCCCCCAUACGGCUCCCUUCCUGCUCCGAUCGCCAGAAAAAAGAAGCUUUUUUUGACGUUUUCCCGUUGUUUAGUGGUGGUUCUUUGACUCCUCGGUCAAAAUGAGCGAUCACAAGGCAUGUAGAAAAAUUUGGCUUUCUGUUCCCUGCUACUUUGGUUUAGCGGCCAAGAGGUCAACUUGCCACUUCCGGAACUGCUCCCUUGAUGUGCCUGUUUUGGAGGAUGCAUAGGUCCUAAUAUUUGGGUCAUUCACCGAAGAUGAGACUAGGUUAUUCCAAAGACAGUUAGUCGAAAGCAAUGUGCAUCCUUUGGAAAAGGCAGGGUUGCAAUCCAAAUCUUUAGACUUUUCUUCUCCAAAGUCAUCUAAAUGUUUGAUUGCUGAACCCAAAGAAACUGAUUCAUUUGGAAGAUCAAAGGAUAUCCAAGGUUCAAAGCUGGUUGCAGAUGACAAAAAGACCAAGAUUGAGAAGGCCAAAGCAUGUAAUACUUUCAAAAAAGAUAUGGAGGCCCAAGCAAAUGGAGGCCAUAACCCUUGUUUUUCCCGCACUGAUGGGGUUACUGAAAAUGAAAGUGAUGCCUUAGAUAUAGUUCCUUUGCAAAUAUCUGAAAAUGAAUCUGCUGAUGCAGAGUCAUUAUCAAACCCAAACUUGCACAAGGAUGGAAUUCAAACACCUAAAUGCAAGAACAUAUUAGUUGAUUCCUCAGCAGUUGUGAAUCCUGUGGUGGAUGUCCCAGAAACAUCAAGGGAGAAAGCAUCAUUGGCUACACGAAUUCUUCCACGAGGCUUAAUAAAUUCAGGAAAUAUGUGCUUCCUUAAUGCAACACUGCAGGCACUUCUCUCCUGUUCACCAUUUGUUCAGCUUUUGCAAGAUCUAAGGAAUCGAGACAUUCCUAAGAUUGGCUAUCCAACAUUAAUUGCAUUUGUGGAGUUUAUCUCUGAAUUUGGCAUGCCUGAUGAUUCAUGCCUGAAGAAUAACGAGCGAGGAGCUCUUGAAACCAAGUCUUUCAGUCCCGUUAUGUUUGAUCCUGUUCUGAAAAGGUUUACCCCGGAUUUACCAACUGGAAUAUCAGGCAGGCCAAGACAAGAAGAUGCUCAGGAGUUUUUGAGUUUUGUUAUGAAUCAAAUGCACGAUGAACUGUUGAAACUUGAUGGCCAAUCUCCUAGUUCUAAUGAAGCAAAAUUGCCUCUGAUUUCUUCUUCUGAAGAAGAUGGUUGGGAAACUGUUGGGCCAAAAAACAAGUCUGAAGUGACCAGAACUCAGAACUUUGUGCCAUCUGAGUUAAGUGCAAUUUUUGGGGGUCAAUUAAGAAGUGUUGUGAAGACCACAGGCAACAAGGCUUCGGCUACAGUUCAGCCCUUCCUUUUGCUCCAUCUUGAUAUUUUUCCUGAAGCUGUUCAUACUAUUAGAGAUGCAUUUCAUUUGUUUUCUGCUCCAGAAACUCUCGAAGGAUACAAAACUUCAUCUGGCAAGGCUGGGGUGGUUAGUGCUAGCAAGUCUAUAAAAAUACAGACACUGUCCAAGAUAAUGAUACUUCAUUUGAUGAGGUUUAGCUAUGGAAGAAAAGGAAGCACAAAAUUGAGUAAGCCUGUCGGGUUCCCCCUUGAGCUAGUGCUUGGCCGUGAGUUACUUGUCUCUCCAUCAUCAAAGGGUCGGAAAUAUGAGCUCGUGGCCACCAUCACUCACCAUGGUAGAGAGCCCUCUAGAGGUCAUUAUACUGCCGAUGCAAGGUAUUCUGAUGAUUGCUGGCUUCGGUUUGAUGAUGCAUCUGUCACGGCUGUGGAUACAAACGAAGUCCUGCAUGACCAGGCAUAUGUUCUCUUUUACAGACAAACAUAAGUGGGUGGCGUGUUCUUCUAUAGUCAUGUUGGUGUUUAUGCUUAACUGUUAUUUAGCUGAUCUAUAUGUCAAUAAAAUUGCCGAAAACUGUGGACCAAAAGAAACAAUGUUGAUAAUGUAUAUAAAGCUAAUUGAGCUGGAUUUUGCUGGUGUAC